AGUCUGAUCGCUUAUUUACAAGAAGAAUAUGAAUCCCAGUUAAGAGCUUGUUCUGAAGGAAAUACAGCUCACCCCCAGGUUCUACUUGCAAGCUGGUGAUGGAGCUUAGCAGGAGGAAGGUGCCCCUCUAUGGUGAGGCAAAAGUAUUUGCAUUGCUGGAGGGUUUGGAUUCAGUGCCAGAAGACGCCGAGGUCUAUGUUGUUCUAGAAGGAUCCACGCUGGUCCAUGUAACCCGGGCUCAAAAUGAUGUCAUGCUCUACUUUAUUGUGCCAGGACACAAUCUGCCUGAGGAGGUCUCUGUGCGGGCCUUUCUGUGCUCUGAAACCCUGCACCUCACCUGGGUAGGUGGGGCUUCUAUAGAGUAUGUAAAUGAUGAUGCACAGGAUUUGGCAGAGCAUAUCAUUAUCCACGGACAUCAUCUGAGCGCUGUGGAUCACAAGGAACUGAGCAGCCUCUUCAGUUUGCAGCACGAGAGCUCUCGGUGGGCUAUGGAUCGAAAAGUGGCCCUUGCUAUGGCCAAUCUGGACAUUCCUCCAAAGUGGAAUGUACUGGGGAGUCACCAUGGAGAUGAAUUCCGUCCCAGAGAGUGUCCCCUUCACUUGGCUGUGCGAUGGGGUCUGUAUCGACUGGCAGAGCUGUUGCUUUGUCAACCAGGGGGUUUAAUGGCUGUCAGUCUCCCUAACGAAGAGGGGGUCACGCCACUGCAACUGGCACAGAACACAGGCAACACUGAGCUGCUGGAGCUUCUCACAAACCCACCCAACCCCCUAGCAACUCCUCCUGCAGGUCUGACUCAGAUUUGGGUAGAUCCAUCCCGUCUGCUGAGGUUUUGCCAUGACACAGGGAACCUGACUUUGACAGUUCGACAAAACCUUCGGUGGAGUUCAGUAGAGAGCCAGUAUGCUGAUAUCCUCCUGCUCAGAAACAGGCUGAAAGAUGAGAACUUCCUUAGGGAGAUCAAAGCCCUUAGAAGGGAGCGGGUGGAAACCAUAACAGAGAAGGAAGAACUUGUGGAUGAUCCUGCAGACUCAGCUCUGUAUGCUGACAUCAAUGGAGAAAACUCUGCUGAUGAAAAUGCUCUCAACUUCUUUGCUGAGGACCUUGAGGAGCCGUUGAUUUUUGGCCUGAAUGAGGAGGAAGAGGAGGACGAUCCUUCCUGCACUGACUUUGAGAAAAGCCAGUCCAUAAGGGAGAGCCAGGCCUCGUCCCCAACUCGGGCAGCAGCUGCCAGACUCUCAGCAAUGAUACAUGGCAAAGACCAAGUCUACGCCAACGCCAUGUUGGUGGACAAGGUUGAAGGAGCUGACAUUAAGUAUCGGUCUCCAGGGGAUGAGGAGCAGGUCAGCCCUUCAUCCUGCUGGGACUCCCUCUCUCCCACUCUCGUUGAAUCGGUAAACUGCUCCCAGAACCGUUCCCAGUCAUCAUCCCAUCGCGGGCUGAGGGGAAGUCAGGGCCCAGGCCAGGACAAUGGCAGGGAGGCAUACUCUUGUGCUUCUCCCCCUUAUCCCUUUGCCUCCUCCUCCCCUUCCUUUCCUUCCUCACCCUUAGCUUCCGCAAUUCGUUUGUUUGAGGGAGCACAGAGACGUCAUCCACAGAUGGGUCCUUCAGACUCCCCAGCUUCAGAACACAGAGAGUUCAGCUUGACAGAUGCAGGCCGAGGCCUGAGCCCUGGUCUGGAGUGUGACAGUGAAGAAGAUGACAUACUUGGACAUUCCUACUCUUGUUCAUCUUCAAAACAGCGGUCCAUCCUGCAGUCCAGCUCUGGAGAGGAAAGGGACUCUUUUGACACUUCACCUGACUUUAACCGCUCACACUCGGAAACCGCAAAGAAAUCCAACACGAAUUCAGAGGAGGCUGAGGUUCGCCUGCGCUCAUACUCAUACUCUUCCCCUAAAGCGAGGCCAUCACGGCCGCUGCUAAACCGAGACUCAGCUGUCACCGAUUUGGAAGAAGAUGGCACUUUCAGCAGUGGAGGUCGCUCACUACUUCAAGCUUUAUCUCUCUCUAAAUCACUCUCACGUCUCAACCAAGUUAAACAGAGAGCCUUCAACCUGACUGAAACAGCGAAAGAAAAGAGGGCUCUGGGUUUCCGUAAGCGGGCCCAGUCAGCAGAGGAAGAGGGCACGACGUCACUCCAACAUCUCACCCUUACAGAGUUUCUCAAAGAGAUCGAGGAUGAGGAGUGGGAUAAAUACAUAAUUCCUUCUAAGGUCGAGUCGGAGAAGUACAAAGUGAGCCGGACUUUCAGUUUCCUAAAGAGCAGGAUGUCCAGCACUCGAAGCAAAACCAAGGUAAAAGGCAAAGAGACGAAGGAGGGGAAAGAGAAGUCAGGAGCAUCUAAUGGGCACCAGUUCAUUUCCGUGUCUCCUCCUGCUCCUUCUCUCUGUGUGGCCUGUGAUAAGCCUGUUUCUGGGAAAGAUUUGUUGCAGUGUUCCAACUGCUCUCUGAAUGUCCAUAAAACCUGUCGAGAAUCAGUUGCAGUUUGUGGAAAGAAGUUGCCGGAGAGGAAUCCAGUGCUGAUGAAAAGCAAGACCAUGUCUCUCCCACACAGCUUUGCCAAGGAAGUCUCUCCGAGCUCUCUUUUCUCUUCAUCUGCUUGCUCUUCACCAUCAUCUUCAGGUCCAACGAUGGCAAAAGAGAAAAGGGAAACUGUGGCUUCUUUCUCCAAGAGCCAAUCAAUCUCCAUUGACAUCAGCAGAUGCUGGAAUGAAACCAGGGUGGACAGUGAAUGCAACACGACAGCGUGCACUAACAGUUCACCGUCUGAAGAUGGAACACCUGUCACAGCAACUCCCCCUUUCGCCGACCUCCCAAUUAGCACAAAGGAUACUGUUGACGCUCCACUUCUGAGUGAUCUGUCAGCUGACCUGCUGGGGCUCGAAGCUGAGUCUUGGAGUCUCGCCGUCUGUCCAGAGUUUUGUAGAGAACAAGACAGGCGCACCAUCAAACGACAAGAUGUUAUCUAUGAGCUGAUGCAGACGGAGCUGCACCACAUUCAGACACUGACAGUCAUGUCGGAGGUUUUUAGGAGAGGCAUGCUGGAGGAGCUGCAGCUCGACUCAGAUUGCGUGGCCCGGAUCUUCCCGUGCUUGGAUCCCCUUCUUCUUCUACACAGGAACCUCUUCAGAGCGCUGCAGGAAUGCCGGCAAGCUGCAACCCAAAAGGAAAAUUCACGAAAUUACCUCAUCCAUCAGAUUGGCGAUGUGCUGCUGCAGCAGUUCUCGGAUGAAAAUGCUGAGAAGAUGAAGCAGGUGUACGCAGAGUUCUGCAGUCACCAUGCGGAAGCCGUGAAUCUCUUCAAAGAGCUCCAGCAGCAGAACAAAAAAUUUCAAAACUUUGUCAGACAACAGAGUAAUAACUCUCUGGUCAGACGAAGAGAAGUGCCAGAAUUUAUCCUGCUUGUCACGCAGCGCAUCACUAAGUAUCCAGUUCUGGUGGAGAAGAUACUACAGUACACUCAGGAAGGAAGCCGGGAACACUCUGACUUGUCAGAUGCUCUGGCUCAGAUCCGUGAGAUCAUCACAGCAGUGGACCUGAUGGUUGGUAAAUAUGAGAGAUUUCAGGAGCUGCAGGAAGUGCUGGCCAGGCUCGAAACCAAGAGCAUCGCCAAGCUUAAGAACAACAAGAUAUUUCGCAAACAAGACCUACACAGCAAACACAGGGCUUUGCAGCACAAAGGCCUUCUCUACUGGAAGACUGCAACCGGGCGUCUAAAAGACACUUUAGCACUUUUGCUGACGGAUGUUCUGGUUUUUUUGCAAGAAAAAGACCAACGCUUCGUAUUUGCCUCUGUGGACCAAAAGCCUCCAGUUAUUCCCCUGCAAAAGCUCAUUGUGAGAGAGGUAGCCAAUGAGGAACGAGGAAUGUUCCUUAUCUCUGCAUCUUCUGUUGGGCCAGAGAUGUAUGAAGUUCACACCAUCACAAAAGAGGAGAGAAAUGCCUGGAUGAGACACAUCCGACAAGCUGUGGAGAGUUGUCCAGAGGAAGAAGAGGAGGAGGAGAGAGCUACAGAGGCAGAAGAAGCCAGACAAGCUGCAGAAGUGAGAGUUCAGAAGAUCAGCAAAUUCCAGGAAACACUGCUUACUCAGGACCAGCAGAUCUGCCAAGGCUUGGAGGAGAAGUUACAGCUUUACGCUGAACUCACAGAAUUAACUCUCUGCGCUCCAGAGUCUAUACCACAUCCCCAUCUGCUGGUCGGGCCUGCACAAUAUGUCGAUAUUGAGGCACCACGUCAGGCAUCGUCGCUGCUCACAGCUGCACUAAAAGAAGCGGAGAACCUGAUCAACAUUCUUCAGACCCGUGAUGUAGGUCCAGUCCACAGUCAGAACUCUCCGGUCCAAGCGCCUGAGUGCUGCAGCUACAACAGCCACGGCAGCAGCAUCCAGGAGUCUCCUUCUGAACCAGAUUAUCUAAGCACACUCAGUAUAAGCUCCAAUUCUCUGGGAUCGGACUGCGAGCUAGCGGCCAUGGACAACACAUCAUGGAGCUCAGCAGUCGAGCUCAAAAAAGGGGAAACAAAAGGGACAUUAUUAAAGGUGACAGAAAGCGUCCAGAGCCUGACUCAGCUUCUCUACAGUCUACAGGCAGCAGUAACCCUUCAGGACAGCUUCUAUGAAGUCCAAAAACUUCUUCUUCAAGAAGGAGAAAAACCUCAGCUUCGCAGCAUCACAUCCCUCCAAACCAACCUGGAACAGGAGAAGCAGAGGAACACAGACAAGGUGAAAGAGGAGAAGAAGGGUUUGGAAAGGAAGAAGGAGGAUGCGGAUGAGGUGCAGAAGCUUCAAGCUAAGCUCAAACAAGAGCUGCAGCGCUGGGAAAAGGAAUGUUUGGCUAGAGAGAAACAGCAGACCGAGCAUGAAAACAUGCUAGAGCAGCGAGAGCAGCAGUGUCUCUUUGAGGCCACACGGCUGCGCUGCGAGCGAGAGGAGCUUGAAGCUCAGCUGCAGGAGUAUCAGCAAAACCUGGACAGGCUGAGGGAGGGCCAGAGGAGUGUGGAGAGGGAUAAGGAGAGGAUCGAAGCCCAGCAGAGACUGCUCCAGAGCUGGAGGCACAGCCGCCAGAGCAGCCUGCCUGUCACAAUACCACUGGAUGGAUACAAGGUCCCCACACACAGCCGCACAGGCAGCUUUGAUGGGAACUUCUCACUAUUUAAGAACAAGUCAGGUUUGCUCAGCUGUGUGCAACAGAACCACCUCCAGCAGCCGACCAACUACAGCUACCAACAUGCCCUCUCAUUGCAAAAGAAGAAUAAUCCUGACGGCCUACCGCUCAGCUCAAGCUGCGCUGCAGACCGAAGCCUUAGUGCCAGCCUCUGCAACAGCCUCAACACUCUGCUUAGCCAAACGCACAGCAAACAACCUCUUUAUGGUACCAACCACAGCUGCACCCUACCGUCCACAGACUGCCUCCAUCCAUUCAGUAGCAGAAUGGCUUCACAACAGCAGAGAUCCAGCAACACAGAUGCUACCCAGCUUGAGAAAACACAAACUUCAGGUUCCUGGAGGUCAGGGAUCACAGGUCAUGCAAUCAAGGAGCACAACUCCGCAUCUCCCUCUCUUACUCCCCUCCUCCCACCACAGGCUUAUCUUUCCCUCGAAGGACAGAACGGAGAGGAGGGAGUUGAGGAAAAUAUAGUUUACCUCUAAGAAUCCAGAAAGAAGCAAAGCGAACUGCAAGAUCAAAAACUGGAAGAAAGUGUAAUAUACCUUAUUUUAUCUCGCUGUGCUGUUAUGUCAUUUAUAAUGGACAAAAAAAACAGAACUUUUAGACAUUCUGACUGUUUAUGUGCCUUUAUCUACGUUAUGUGCCUCCAGUGUAAUCAAACCGUUGUGCCUUUUUAAUUUUUCGUGAAGAAAAUGUUUUAUAUAUUUUUUAUUUAUGCUUCAUUUGUUGCACUUCCUUGAAGACAUAGGUACAUAUAAAUUAAAUGAUCAAAAAGAAAGUAGAAGUAUUUCCCCACAAGCGCUUUAAAUUAUACUAUAUCUGUAAAGUCAAUCAAGAUCUGCCCCAGACUACUAGAGAAAUAUUGUUUGGAUGUUUUGAAGCACCAUUUUUGUUUAUAUUUAUAGAUGGGUUUUGGAGUCUGCAAAGUCAAAUGUACUGACAAUAUUGUAUAUGUAUAAAUAUAAAUGUAUAUAUAUUCAGAUAUAUAUAUGUAAUAUCUUUAUUUUCAUGAUAGGGUUACCCAUGUACUCUGUGUUUUAAAGGGAUCUUUCGUAUUUUUUAAUUGAUCUAAAGUGCCAAAUUUUAUGCUGCAAUUGAUGUAAAGAUAAUAGUUUUUCUCAUAAUUUAUUUCACAUAUUUUGCUUUCUGCACUCCAGAUAUUUUUAGAAGGUUUGGUUUUUAAAUAUAUUGUAUUCCCAAUUUUACAUGCCAUCGUCAGCGGCAUGGAUGCCACUUUCUUUUUGAAGCCUUUUUUUGUUGCUUUGCAGAUUUAAAAACCGAAGAACUAGGUGAACUUUGUGUCAUCAACUUGACUUAGAGUGGAUUUUAUUUUGAAUCAACACAUUUGUCCAAAGUCUCACCUUAGGACAACUUCGCCCACCUUGCAGAGUUGACGCCUUGAAAGUAGUCCUUGCAAUUCCAGGUUCCUCCUGCGACAUACUUAGUUGCCCUUUGGCAAGGCACAGACCUCCAAGCUGCCCACCAAAUGUGGCUCCGGUGUGAAUUUCCUGUUGAUAUGGUCCUACCUAUUUUUCAAAACAACUUCAUUAAAAUGUUUAAAACUGGUUUACUGAGAUACAAGCUAUUAAAUAGUUUCCCCCACAACUUUAGCUGCAUUAAUUAGCAUACAUAUAUGGGAGCUGUGCCUGACGCUCAUCCAGUCUGAGACAUCAAAAAGUUCAACAAGUUGCGCCUUAUCACCAGAAGUUUUUUUUUCUUCCCAUUCUUUCUCUAUCCUUUUCCCACAAGCUUCUGCUGUCACUUUAGUUAAGGGAAACUGGUGUGCUGUAAAGCAUGAUCAUUAGGAUAAUGGACCUUAAAAAAGAUUCAAGUUAGCAGACUUUAUGCAUUCAAAAUCCAGCUAUGAUGUUUGUAUAAAAUAAUUUCCAAGGUAUAUUUUCCCUCCUCAUGUAACUAACACAAUUCCUAUAACAUAGAUCCACAUCUUGAUUCUGUCAUUGUGCCUAAAAGGGCUUAAACUACACCAAAUAAGACCUUAGUCUUUGUAUGCUCUGCUCUUUGUUAGCUGAAACACUCUCUUUGAAUGCUUAUGUGAGGCUCUUCAUCUUUGACAAGAUUUCCCACACAGACCUGGCUUUUUGACAUAUUCCAAACAUUUUCAGUAUGGUUAGGAGGUGUUAGGGAUGCCACUCUGAAAUGUUUAUGUUAUCCUGCUUUAAACUUCUAAACCAAUGUUAAUGUAUGUGCAAGGUAAUUGCUCUGAUUGAUUAGCGGUGUCCAACUGUCAGAUAUAUUACCCGAGCUGUCACAACCAGAAGAGAGAUCAUCAGGAAUAUUAUGAACCACCAAGUCAUGCUGGAACAUCGGUCCCAUUACCUAUUUUAAAACAACCUUAAGCAAGAGAAAAUAUUAAGAGUCCACAGUCAAAUAAAACUUUCACACCCAGUUCUUGUUUUUAACAAUUAAUGAAGUCAGUUGUUCAUUGAUUUCACACUGAAAAAGAAUGAUUCAAAUAAAUGAUUAAGUAAGUGACCAAAGGAGGACAUUCAAGCCCAUGAUUACUGCAUUUA